AUGAUUCUGGCAUUUUUACUUUCAUUAAUAGCUUUUAUUUUGAAUUUCUUUUCUUUUUGUUCGUGUGCUUGUCGACUUUCUAUUUUAAUGAGACCACUUCCUUUACUUGCUGGAUUGACGUUUAUUUGUUUGGUUGUUGGGCUUGGAUUGUUUUGGAUUAAAAAUCAAGAUUAUAUUGCUCAAAUAAAAAUAAAAGUUAAUGACUUGGAUAUUGACUCUAUAAAAUCUUCUGCUGUUGAUGUAGUUAAAUUUGUUAAUAAUUUGGAUGAGAAAACAACAACAAAAGGAGGAAAUGAAGACAAUCAAGGAAAUGUUGACAAUAAAGUUUCGUAUUCAUUUUAUUUGGGUUGUGGGGCUGCUGUUGCAGCGUUUGCAAAUAUUGUUGUUGGGUCUUUAAUUGUUUGUUUUGCUUGA